GAAGAAUUUGUCACAAGAGGCCAUUCAGCUACGCUACCACCAGCGGUGGCAACUGUCUGCCACCAGCAGCGGGAAGGCCAGCUGACAUUUUCUGCCCUUUGUGGUGUUUGGCCUCACUGUUGUCGUCUCUUCAGCCUCUCAGCUCACAGACCAUCAUAUGCAGGGAAGACUCAGGGUGAUGACGACCUUCUAUUAUUGCAUAACACAGAGGAGUCCUUUUCCAAAAAGGAAAAGGCAAUGAAGAUUCACAAUCCAGUCAACCCAGCAAAGGUGUUAGUUAGAGGAACUGAAGUAGCUGUCAAAACCUGCUUGGUGGCUUACGGAUUCAGCGCUGCUCAAACUGCCCAAACGCUUCCUAUUUGUGGUCAAAUUCUUGUUGGCUAGAACUAGUGUUCUUGAAUGUUUGCGAGCCUUCUUCCUCACAUGUAGCUUAGACCUAGCCAAAGAUGGCUGUUCAUUUUGUGCCCCAGCAACCCGGGAACAUUCUACAUCUCGCAAGGGUCAAAUCUCUGAGAACGGAUAUUGACCGCAGGUGUGGGUCUAACUCCAUGCAACAACCCUCGAAAUGCUCUGGACAGGUCUAAAUCCAAAUCGUACUUUUCCACCCUCGUCAGUGAAAACCUCUAGUCUGGCACUGUGCCAGACUCAGCCAGCAUUAAUGGUAGCGAUAUGGAAAUUCCUUGUUCAGAUUCGCUUUGAAUCGGUGUCAGUCAGAGCCAUGGCACAUCUGACGAUGCAAGUGGUUUGCCAUGGACAUACAAGUGGGCCAAUUUGGGCCCGCCAAUUCACCUCUCACGUGUUCCACCCUACAGGGCCAGCCAUUCGUCAAGUUUGCAUUCUGCCCAAGGUCUGAGGAGAUUGGCAGAUCUCGCACUUGGAAAGUCUCAGUUGGGCGAGGCAUUUUGGAAGGCUUCAUGACAACUAGUGUAAGUCGUGGUAUGGGGUUACACCUUCAGCAUUCUUGGAUUGAUAGAAGCCUGCUACGAAUCACUGGGGCUGUGUAGCAGGAGCUUGGGACACCUGUUCUCGGUCAGCAAGAAGCCAAGCAAGUGGCUUGUGAGUUCAAAUUUGUUGGUGGGCUAACUUGCAGUGAAACACCUUAGACCUUGGGGAAUGUGAUUUUUGACACCCCUCGAAGGGCGAUGUGCAGGGGCCUGGUCCUCUUCAUGACCAAGACUGGUUGUUGGACAUCUAACACAAAGAUGGAUGAACGCACAUGUGGGGGGUGAUGUUGGCUAAGAUUUGUCACGUAACGUCCAUAAAUCCGGCUUAUUCAAAUCGGAGUCCAUGGCAAGAACACUGCUACCCAAACUUCACCCACGCCGAGUUCACAUCACAGGUAGUUUCACUUCCUUGCCUGAUCUGCCAUAAGAGUAUCGCUGUUUGAGCCGCCUGUGACAGCCAAGGUUCAGAGAACAGGCAACAAAGGACUCCCUUUGCUUGCGCCUAACAAAAUGCUUUGAGGGAAACCUGAUGGUCUUGCGAGAAACACACUCCUAUCAUUUUGGUUUCUCUGCUGCUGGGUAUUUGAUGCUGAAAUUUAUGGUGGACACUUCUCUACCCUGAGCCAUGUAUCCAGACAAACAGGACAGCGAGCAAAACACCGCCGCAACAUCUUAAAGACUUGUCCAAGUGAGAUGCCCCUGCCAUCGAUAAAAGCACAAAAGAGUCAUAAAAGACUUUGCAAUGCACUCCAGUUGCGAGAUAUUUGCGAAAGCUGUCUAGAGACAUAAGUAGGUAGGCCAAAAGCUUGCAAAAGCACUUUAAGGCACUAUGAUCAGUAUGGAGCGCGCGAGAGCCAUAACCCAAGUCGCCAGCGUGCGGGGGAAAGACAUGAUGAACACAAUGAUUCAGGAAACCGCAAAUCUACAUUGAUUUUGACGAGUGCUCAUGCGUCUCGAAGACAUUUGCAACAAGAGGCCAUUCAGCUGCGACCAGCAAUGGGAAGGCCAGCUGACAUUUUCUGCCCUUUGUGGUGUUUGGUCUCACUGUUGUCGUCUCUUCAGCCUCUCAGCUCACAGACCAUCAUACGCAGGGAAGACUCAGGGUGAUGACGACCUUCUAUUGUUGCAUAUACUACUGACUAGUAACUUAGGACUUGUCGAGCAUAUAUGGCGAUGUCCCAAGCAUUUUCUCAAGUCCUAUGUCAUCAGGCCACAACCAUCACAAUCCAUGGAAAAUGAGACGUUCAGUGAAGAGGCGUGUUUUUUAAUGGUGGAGGCGUCCAAGGUCCUAUGACACCAGGUUUCCCCACCUAGACAUCCUGUAUUGCUCGAUGUGUGAGCGCAGAUGACCUAGCCCUGUGGGUAGCCGUGUGGGUAUGUCACUUGAACCACAUUUGCCUGAGUCACUAGACAGUAGUAUAAAACAGAGGAGUCCUCUUCCGGAAAGGAAAAUGCAAUGAAGGUGAUUCACAAUCCAACCAAGCCGUCUGUUUGCAUGGACGGUCUCAGUUGUGAUGUUCGCCCCGGCUCAACAAAGCCCUUCUGCAGGACCUUAUUUGCAGUUUUCACCAAGUCAUUUUGACCUUGGCUAACAUACAUUCAAGCGCAUUAUGAUGCAUUAUGUGUGGAGGUUCGCGAAGUCUCUGGCGUAGGACCUUUGCAAAGUGGCUUUACAACAUGUCCUCAAAUUCAGUUUCCGCCGAUUUCCAGAAGCCAAUUCGCACAGGCUAACUUAGAGUCUAUGAAAGGUUGAAACGUUUGCGAAGGUCCUGGAUUUUUGCGAAACUUUGCGAAGCCAACCCUUCCAGAAACUGUAACCCCUUGAACCCCCCAGCGUAGGCACCCUAGCAGUGUAUACUAGCAGUGUAUUUGUAUAUGCAAAUUACUUUACCUUAGCAUGUGAGACGGUCAAGAGAUUGCUUGGAACACUGUGGGCCACAGCUCUAGGCAGCCACUGAUGCAACGGAGAGUUUGCCCAAAUGCAUUCCACUUGCUGUGAUUGAUAAACGGGUCAAGGAUAAGACACAGCUGGCUGGGAGUGUUACUUUGCAGCGCCAUAUGCUCAUCCAGCCAGACCAGGACAGCGUGCCUCAACAUGGGAGGGGCGGGGCAGCCUUUUAGGAGGGAACCAAGAGUUUCAAUAGAGCCCAAGUCACAGUUCUAGCUGAUGCAUUCAGUAUGCAACGUGAGCAUUUUGUUUGAGUUUGUUUAGUCUUCGUUAGUCAGCAGUUGGACCUUGGUAUCGCUCCACUCAAACAAAAUCAUGAAACACCGCUAGGACGGUAGGAAGUAUGAGAUAUAUCACCAAACUAUUCCGAUUGCGCUAAUCCUUGUGGAAGAGCCAAACCUCCUGCAGCCACGUCGACCAACGGGUCGACAGACGGGUCGACAGAGAUGUUGAUGAAGAGCCAAGGAAGGGCAUCUCUCGAGCAGAGGACAAAUGCGCUCGCUUCGAAGAGAUUUGCACUCUGAGAAAACUGCACUCUGAGGUUGAUAACUGCUUGACGGACGCAUAUGGCUGCAAGUAGAUGGCCGACUUGUUGUCCUUCGCGCCUUAGGAUCCCAACAGCCUUCCCGAGAGGCGCGGUUGAAAAAAUGACGCGCGGGUCGAUGGAUGCAUUUUUCUGAGCUAAAAGGCCGAGGGUGGCCUUUUCUUUGCAUCAGUCGACUCAAUUACUCGUGCUGCUUUUUUGCAUGUGUAGGUGCCUACAUUGCCUUUUCAGAAGCCAGGUUACACGAAAAAUCACCCACAAAAACAGAAUGGACAGGGCAGCCUCUCUCUCUCUCUCUCUGGUGAAAUGCAGGGCAACAUCCUUUUACACGGCUUAAAGGCAACAUUUGAUGCUGCGCUCCCUGCCCUCGAGGCACAAGAAUCUCUACGGCUUUGUGCGGAUGAAAGUAACCUGGACACACCUCUGUGUUGUCAGAUCCUUUGCUUCAACCCCAGAGAAAUGCUUCGAGCUUCCCACUGCCCGCAAGAACCUUCGGAAGGCCUCCGACUGCUCGUUUGAAAUCCCUUUGCUGUGGUUUGGUUCCAGACACUGCAUUCCGUGAAGGUCCAUGUGAAUUAGGAAUGUCAAUCAAAGGGAAACGGUGUUCAUUCAACCAUACACUUGUCAUCAUUUCAAGAACACGUCAUUGCGUAUGGCUUGGUGGCAGGAUCAUGAACUCAAAUUUGCGGCUUCAGAGACUUCACUUCAAGAACUGAGCUGAACGAUGACUGGUGCAUCUGACGUGACGUGCCCGUGACCUUCGCCUUGAGCGACGAUCGCUCGUUCGCCUUCGGCCGUUCGGCCUUACGAGCCGCGGGGAGCGGCUUCAGAGUGAUCUGCAUGAAUGGUUUGUAUCCAUCUGGUUUUAUAAUUGGAUACUGAACUGAAUUGGAUAUAAUUGGACUUAUCUCGCCCCUUAAUUUUCCAAGGGUUAUAGAGUUUGCUCUAUCUCUGUCGGUCUUGCGGGGCCCUCUGCCAUGGAUUGCCCACCUUCACUGGAUGACCAAACCCAGCAUUUGUUGGGGAGAUGAGCAAGGCGGACUUAGUAGAAAGCCGAAGUGAUGAACACCUGAUAUACCGUCGAUUCAAAUCAAAAACUUAGACCUGGUUUCGGCCUCAAGUUCAACGGAUUCGACCUGAUGCUCACAACAUCUGAGCUGAACCUUGGCGGAUUCCUGUGCGCCAGUGGUGUACAAUCAUAUUGGGGAAAGAAGGAUCGCAGCUGUUGGGUAGCACAGUUGAAGUGCGCAACAUGUUCAACAUGCUGCCUGGGCUUGAAAGCGACAGCCUCUUCUGUCGCUAGGAGCCCAACCUGCAAGUCAGAGUCAAUUUGCAUUUCGACGGAUCUCGGCGGUGGCGAUUCCCACCUUCAGGUGGCUUUGACAGGCCCUUGGUUCUUGCUGAGUUCACGCAACUUUCUGAAGGGCUUCUAACUGAGAUUGCUCUGCGAAAAAGCUGCAGCCAUUUGUGUGAUUGGUCACUUGAUUCUGAUUCUUAUUUAUGAUCAUGCUUGAGUGGUGUGUGGACGAACGAUGCAUUAUACUAUGCUGCACGCCAUCAUAUUUCAAGGAUGCUGCUUUACAACAUUUUUUUUCAAGCGCAUUUUUUGUGUGUCAGCAUCUAGAAUCUAGCCCUUACUUACCGACUGCUAUUGCCCUCAAACAGCUCAACUAAUCCGCUCAACCCAU